AUGUCAGAGAGAGCUCCUCGUGGCACCCGCCCCAGUCUCCGCCAUGGCUCCCUCUCGUACUCGUUCAUCCACGAUCACCAGCAGUACAAACCUGCAGCCUCCCCGCCCUCCUACCAGCCGGAGCUUGGCGCCUCCAUCUCGGGGACCCUGGAAGAUCCCAAGGUCAAGGAGAGUGGCAUAGUACACUCGCUCUUCGGUGAUGCUCUUGCCGCUCUGCCUGCAGAUACGCCCAAAUUGGUUGCAACCAUCUUCUAUGCCGGUCCAUCUGCCUCCCACCACAACAGCUCCUCUUCGGCUGAUCUGCCCAGGGCAGUUGAUCCGCUCGAGCCGGCCGCUCCCUCGCUGCCUCUCGAUGCCCUGUACGGCUGUCAUGUCUCCCAGCUCUGUCUGACCAGCUUCAUUCAGACCGUCGAGGGCCUCUCGCACCCGUACAGGCGCAUGUCCAGCUCCCACAGAUGUCUCGACAGGCAGGACAGCCCGCGCGUGGUCGAGGUCACCAUCACUCCGCCCCCGAAUGGUGACUAUCUCUCCUUUGAUGAGCUGCGCAAGCAUGAGAGCAUCUGGCGGUUUGAGCGGGCGUGGAACGUCGAGGUCGUCCUGCAGAUGGAGAGCGUCUGGAGGCGCUACAAGCGUCUCGCAGUCUUCGACAUGGACAGCACCCUCAUCCAGCAAGAGGUCAUCGACGAGAUCGCCAGGGUCACCGGUGUCGAGAAGGAGGUCUCCGAAAUAACGGCCCGUGCUAUGAACGGCGAGCUCGACUUUGAGGCUUCUCUCAAGGCUAGAGUGGCCCUGCUCAAGGGAACGCCCGCAGACGUGUUUGACCGGGUAAAGUCCGUUAUCACUAUCUCGCCGGGAGCGCUAGAGCUCUGCACCGCGCUCAAGAAACUCGGAUACAAAACCGCCGUUCUCAGUGGUGGAUUUCAGCCACUCGCUGACUUCCUCGCCGAUCAACUGGGCUUGGACUAUGCUGUUGCAAAUCAUCUCGUAAUCGAUGAAACCACUCAGACACUCACUGGCACCCUCUCGCCGGACCAUCCAAUCGUAGACGCUAAGCAGAAACGCUCGCUGCUUCGCGCGCUUGCCGCAAAGAACGGCAUAGAUAUUUCUCAAACACUAGCGGUAGGUGACGGUGCUAACGACCUGCUUAUGCUAAAGGAGGCGGGGUUGGGAGUCGCAUGGCGAGCAAAGAGCAUGGUGCAGUUGGAAGCGCCGACAAAACUGAACGGAGAGUCUCUCUUGGAUAUCUUGUAUCUUCUCGGUUUGAGCGAAGAGGAGGCUAGCACGUUGAUCGUGAGCUCUCCCGUUGACGAACUGUCGAUGAAGGGAUUGACCAUAACGGAGCGGUCCUCGUAA